UGCACACGUGCGUUUAGUGCUUUUCCAAAAUCUUGCAUUAUUUUCUAAUAAAGUUUGAAAAUAGUUUUCUCCACCUUUUGCUUAAGUUACUCUCGUUUUAGUGUCAUAUUAAAAGUGUUAACAUAUUAGUCUGACAAUGGCGCCACCAGCUGCUGUAGAUUUACAGAACGCACCCUCUUCAGGAAUGGACCGUGCGUUGGCGGCCGGCAUCAGGCUGUCCAGCCCGGAACCAGGCGAAGAAGUAGUCAUUACCGGAUUGUCGGGGCAGUUCCCCGAAAGCGACAAUGUCUACGAAUUUCGUGACAAACUGUUGAAUAAGGUUGAUUUAGUAACCGACGACAACAGACGAUGGGCCAAAGACCACCCGGAAAUUCCGCAACGUACCGGAAAGAUUAACAAUGCGCAAAAGUUCGAUGCGAGCUUUUUCGGUGUCCAUUAUAAGCAAGCUCACACCAUGGACCCAAUGUGUCGUAUGCUGAUGGAAAAAGCUUACGAGGCAGUUGUUGAUGCCGGAUUAAAUCCUCGUCAACUCAGAGGAACCAAAACAGGAGUAUUUGUUGGUGCUUGCUUCUCAGAGUCUGAGAAAACUUGGUUUUAUGAAAAGCUGCAGGUCAACGGUUUUGGUAUUACAGGAUGCAGCAGAGCUAUGUUAUCUAACCGAAUUUCCUACUGGUUGGGAACGAACGGUCCAUCCUAUACUAUCGACACUGCCUGCUCCAGUUCAUUGUAUGCCUUGGAGCAUGCCUACAAAGCCAUAAGAGAGGGACACUGCGAUGCCGCUUUGGUCGGAGGGUGUAAUUUGUGCCUUCACCCUCUAGUAUCAUUGCAAUUCUACAAAUUAGGAGUAUUAUCGCCCGAAGGAAAAUGUAGAACAUUUGACGCCAACGGUACUGGAUAUGCAAGAUCUGAGGCUGUUAGUUUCGUUCUCCUACAAAAGUCAAAGGAUGCAAAACGUAUUUACUGCCGAAUGAUUCACGGAAAAACUAACUGUGAUGGAUUCAAAGAACAAGGUAUAACUUUCCCAUCAACUGAACUACAAGCUCGCCUCAUGGGCGACUUUUAUCGUGAGUGCCGCUAUAAGCCAAGUGAAUUGGCCUACCUUGAGGCUCAUGGCACAGGAACACCCAUAGGCGAUCCCGCUGAAGGUUUGGCAAUAGAGAAUGUAUUUUUGGAAGGGCGUACCAAGCCUUUGCUUGUCGGCUCAGUCAAGUCUAACAUGGGCCAUUCUGAACCGGCAUCGGGUCUUUGUUCCAUUGCUAAGAUAAUCAUCGCAUUUGAAACCGGAAUCAUUCCUCCAAAUUUACAUUAUGAAAAACCACGUCCAGGUAUGAAAGCCAUAGAAGAUGGUAGAAUGAAAGUUGUUUCUGAGAAAACUCCCUUGGAAGGAGAUUUAAUUGCUUGUAAUUCAUUUGGUUUCGGAGGAGCUAACUGUCACGUGCUGUUAGAAAGAAAUAAGAAGCAAAAAAUUAACAAAGGACAGCCAGCAGACGAUUUGCCACGCAUUUUUGCUGUUUCCGGAAGAACUGAAGAAGCAAUAAGCACAAUUUUGGAUGACUUGGAAAUACGACCAUUAGAUGCUGAAUACGCCAGACUAAUCCAUGAUAUCCAUUCUGAAGACAUUCCUGGACACGUAUACCGCGGUUAUUCUCUGAUGGAGUGCGGCAAGGAUGGUGGUAACGGCGUUAAAUUAUCCAGAGAUUGCAUGUACUUCUCUGGAGCUCGUAGACCCGUCUGUUUCGUAUUCAGCGGCAUGGGAUCGCAAUGGGCUGGAAUGGGAGCACAACUCAUGCGUCUUCCUAUCUUUGCUGCAGCUAUUCAAAAAUGUCAUAAAGUACUCGAACCUCGCGGCGUAAACUUGACUGAAAUUAUUACAAACCCAGACCCCAAAAUAUUUGAUAAUAUUUUACAUUCUUUUGUGGGAAUAGCAGCUGUGCAAGUAGGACUCUGUGAUGUGUUGAAAGCUCUGGAAAUUGUUCCUGAUAUAAUUAUAGGACACUCUGUUGGCGAAUUGGGCUGCGCAUAUGCCGAUGGAUGUUUCACAGCGGAAGAAAUGGUACUGUCAGCAUAUUCAAGAGGAUUGGCUAGUAUUGAAACAGAAUUGAUAAAAGGAUCAAUGGCUGCAGUUGGAGUCGGGUACAAAACGAUCAAAGAUUUAUGUCCGCCAGGUAUAGAAGUAGCUUGUCAUAAUGGUCCUGACAGCAGUACAAUAUCUGGACCAGCAGAGCAAAUGAAAGAUUUUGUUGCACAACUGCAAGCUAAGGGCAUAUUUGCAAGGGAAGUCCCUUGUUCAAACAUCGCAUACCAUUCCAAAUAUAUUGCAUCAGCUGGACCUACAUUACUUAAAUAUUUGAAGCAAGUUAUACCAGAACCGAAACUGCGCUCACCCAAAUGGUUGUCAAGUAGCGUUCCUAAAGAUAAAUGGGAUGAACCACAAGCCAAAUAUAGUUCACCAGAAUACCAUACCAAUAACUUACUGAGUGCUGUAUUGUUUGAAGAAACAUCAAGAUUAAUUCCAUCAAAUGCUAUUACGGUUGAGAUUGCUCCGCAUGGUCUCCUUCAAGCCAUCUUAAAGAGAAGUCUUAAGAAAGACGUAACAAAUAUUGCUUUGACAAGACGGGGUGACAAAGAUAAUAUACAAGUCCUAUUUAAUGGCAUCGGAAAGUUAUUUGAAGUAGGAUUGAAUCCAAAAAUAUCUGUACUUUAUCCAGAAGUUAAAUUUCCAGUUUCACGUGGAACACCUAUGAUAUCACCACUGAUUAAAUGGGAACAUUCAGAUGACUGGUACCUAAUUAAAUAUUGCACACAAGAAAAAAUCAGAUCAGGUGAACGAACAGUAACUAUUUCUGCAGAAACAGAAGACUUUAAAUACUUGAAAGGACACGUUAUUGACGGCCGCAAUCUCUUCCCAGCUACGGGAUACCUGCAUCUUGUGUGGGAAUCAUUAGCUCUGAUGAGAAAUGAAACACCUGAGGGAUAUAGUGUAAUAUUUGAAAAUGUUAAAUUUUUGCGUGCUACAAACAUUCCUACAGGAGCAGAAAAUUUACAAUUGAUCGUUAUGAUUCAAAGAGGCACCGGCAAUUUUGAGAUUAUUGAAGGAAAUGCAGCCGUUGUAUCAGGGCGCGUUCGUAGCGUAGAAGAUGAUGAAGUAGGCUCAGUUGAUUUAGAACCAUUACCUAAUAAAGAUUCAGCCGAUGAAAUGAUGUUGAAGUCGAAAGAUAUAUAUAAAGAGCUACGAUUAAGAGGCUACAAUUACAAUGGAUUGUUCCGCGGAAUGGUAAGCGCCAAUAGCCGCGGAACUGAAUGCCGCAUAAAGUGGUCGAAGAACUAUACCGCCUUCAUGGACAACAUGCUUCAACUGCAACUUUUAGGUAAAGAUACAAGGGAUUUAUACGUACCCACUGAGAUUCAAAGACUGACUAUAGAUGUGCCAAAACACACCAAGUUUGUUGAAGAUUUGCCGGAAGAUGAAGCAUUAGAAGUGCAUUACUAUCCGGAACUUGGUAUACUGAAAGGCGGUGGCAUUGAAAUCAGAGGACUGACCGCUAGAUCUAUUCCUAAGAAAAAGAUAUUAACAGAACCUGUCAUCGAAAAAUACCAAUUUGUUCCACACUUUGAUAUGGGAGAAAAAGAUCUUUCAGUAAUCGCACGUAUCAACGCUCAACUGAUAUUGGAAGUGAAAAACGAAGUGAAAGUGAAAUUGGUAGAAUAUCAUCAACCCAAUACAAAGCCUUUCAUCACCGAGAUGGUGAACGCAUUCGGUGAUUUGCCCUUAGUGAGAACAGAAGCUACAAUUAUAUCUGAUUCAACGCAACAGGAACUGAACCUUGGUAACGGAAUUACUAUUCUUGAGAGGAAAGCAAAGCGCGAUAAUGGACACUUGAUUUAUAUUGGAAGAAAUCUUCUCAACGACAGACAACAACUCAACGAGGCUCUCGCUGCAAUCGUCCAAGACGGCUUCAUAAUCAGUUUAGAAAGCAAAGAUGCAACAACAGCGCCUGAAGGAUUGCAAAUAAUUACAUCUCAAAAAGAUGGAAAAGAAAAUAUUAUUGUAUUGAAUAGAGUCAAAGAGUUAGAAAAACCUGUUACGGUAGAAAUAAGAAAUGAUGACGUUAAAUUCAAUUGGGUGCUUACUCUUCAAAAGCUUAUAACUACCGAGAAAAAUAUCAUUCUGUAUUCUCAAGAACAACCAACUAGCGGAAUAUUAGGAUUGGUAAAUUGUCUGAGAAGAGAACCUGGUGGAACAGUAAUUAGAUGUGUCUUUGUUCUUGAUACAAAUACUAUUAAAUUUAAUGUGGAUCAUGCGAUGUAUAAAAAGCAACUGGACUUAGGAUUGCCCAUAAACGUUUUCCAAUAUGGUAAAUGGGGUUCAUACCGUCAUUUAUUGCUAGAGAAAUCGCCUUUAGUCACUGUAGAAUAUGCUCAUGUCAACAAUCUUGUAAGAGCAGAUUUAUCAACUUUGAGUUGGAUUCAAGGACCUCUUAAUUCUAACACGAAGGUUUUACCCAAUCAAGAGUUUAUUCAGAUUUAUUAUUCAGCUUUGAAUUUCCGCGAUAUUAUGUUAGCGAGUGGUAAAUUAAGUAAUGAUGUCGUGGGCUACAGUAGAUUAACACAGGAAUGUGUCCAAGGAUUCGAGUUUUCUGGAAAAACUAAAGAAGGACGUCGCGUAAUGGGAAUGGUCCCAAGUCAGGCCCUAAGUACUGCUGUGCUUGCUGGCAAGGAAUUAUUAUGGGAUGUUCCAGAAAAUUGGUCAUUAGAAGAAGCGGCCACAGUUCCUGUCGUUUACGCUACUGCUUAUUACGCUAUGGUCCUGGUCGGAAACAUGAAACGCGGAAUGAAAGUUCUGAUACAUGCUGGAAGCGGUGGUGUCGGCCAGGCCGCAAUCAACAUUGCCUUGAACGGGGGAUGCGAAGUUUUCACGACCGUCGGAACACCAGAAAAAAGAGAUUUUAUUAAGCGACAAUAUCCGCAAAUCGACGAUGCCCACAUUGGAAAUUCGCGUGACACAACCUUCGAACAGCUUGUGUUAGCUGGUACCAAAGGCAAAGGAGUCGAUAUGGUAUUGAACUCAUUGGCCGAAGAAAAACUACAGGCUUCUGUAAGAUGUUUGGCAAGAGGCGGUAAAUUUUUGGAAAUCGGUAAAUUUGACUUGGCUAAUAACAACCCGCUAGGUAUGGGCACCUUCCUUAGAGAAACAUCCUUCAAUGCAAUUAUGCUGGACAAUUUAUUCCAUGACCCCGAUGUAGAAUUGACCAAGAAACUAAGAGAUCUUCUUUAUUCUGGAAUCAAAUGUGGAGCAGUAAAGCCUUUGCCAACAACGGUUUUCAAAGAAGAUGAAGUUGAAAAAGCAUACAAAUUCAUGGCACAAGGAAAACAUAUUGGAAAAGUUUUAGUCAAAGUUCGAGAUGAAGAACCAGCAAAUCUUAGAAAUCGCCCACCUGUUCCACGAACCAUAGAAGCUAUUAGAAGAUUUGGUUGUGAACCCAAUCACUGUUACGUUGUUUGUGGAGGAUUAGGCGGAUUUGGGUUGGAGCUUAUUGACUGGUUAGUUAUUAGAGGUGCCAGAAAAAUUGUGAUUACAUCAAGAAGGGGUAUAACCGAUGGUUAUCAAUCUACCAGAAUUCAAGUCUGGAAAAACUAUGGGGCUACUGUUGUCGUAAAGUCAGGAGAUUUCACUUCAGAAAAGGGAGCAUGCGAUCUGCUGAAAGAAUCAGGAAAAUUAGGUCCAGUAGUAGCUAUAUUUAACUUAGCUGUAAUACUGAGGGAUGCAAUUCUGGAAAAUCAAACCGUAGAAACAUUUGAGGAAUCAUUCAAUCCAAAAGCAAAAUACACACUUGCACUUGACAAAGCAUCCAGAAGAUAUUGUCCACAACUUAAGCAUUUUGUAGUAUUUUCAUCAGUCGUAUCAGGAAAGGGUAACGGUGGCCAAUCUAAUUAUGGUUUUGCAAACUCGAUUAUGGAAAGAAUAUGCGAGCAAAGACGACUAGAUAAUCUACCUGGAUUGGCUGUCCAAUGGGGAGCAAUAGGAGAGGUUGGUUUGGUAGCUGAAAUGCAAGAAGCUUACAAAGAAGGCGACGUAUUUGACCUAGAAAUUGGAGGCACCUUGCAACAACGCAUUGCAAGUUGUUUGCAGGUUCUGGAUGACUUUUUAACAAACCCAGACACACCACCUGUAGUAUCGUCCAUCGUUGUUGCCGAGAAACGCGAAAGUGAUUUGGGAACGACUAUUCUAGAAGUUAUAGGAAAUUUGUUAGGUGUUAAAGAUCCAAAAUCAGUGGGAAUUCAUACAACACUAUCAGAUUUAGGAAUGGAUUCCAUGACAGGAGUUGAAAUUAAACAAGCACUGGAACGAGAAUUUGAAAUAUUCUUAUCACCAGCUGAGAUUAGACAUUUGACAUUUGGAAGAUUGAAGGAUAUGUCUGACCAACGCGAAGCUAAAAUGUCCGUUAAUGUUGAUGUAGAUGCAAAAGAUGUGAAAUUAGAAGAUAUAGGAAUCUACAUGAAGAAAAUAGAGGAUGAGUUAAUAGCUUGCAAACCAGUUGUCCGCUUACCUAGCAAGGCCGAUAACGGAAAAGAGACUGAAGACUCGAACGAAGCUAUAUUCUUUAUUCCUGGUGUAGAAGGUGUAGCUUCUACUAUGAAACCUUUAGCUGCUAAUCUCGAAAAGCAAGUGCUUGGUCUUCAAAUGGGUCAUGAAAGUACAACUACAAUCGAAAAUGCAGCUAAGCAUUUAUACACGCUAAUGGCCCCUCGUCUAAGAGGUCGCAGCACAUUCCACGUGGUAGGCUAUUCCUUGGGAACGACCGCAGCGCUGGAAUUAUGUAGAUUGUUAGAAAGCGCUGGUUACAGAGGACGGCUUACGUUCCUGGACGGCGCUCCAGAUUUCAUCAGGCGCCUGGCAAAUACUCAUUUCGCAGUGGCUGAAGAAGAACGAUUCCAUGACACUAUUUUAUUGACCAUCAUUCAGGGCAUCCAGCCUCAAGAAGUGCCUAGAAUGCAGACAUUACUACCUACUUUCAAAACUUGGGAAGAAAAAGUUGAGUUACUCCUGUCUUAUACUGAUGAUGAAGGUAUCAAAGAAUAUCAAAGAAGAGCUAUUAAUGAAUGUAAAGCCAGAAUUGAGGCUGUCAUUGAAUACAAUCCAGAAAAUGGACAGAAGAGAAGGAUAGAGUCAAAGGUAACCUUGAUCAGACCCAAAGCAAUUCUUCUCCCUGACAUGGAAAAGGAUUAUGGCCUUUCUCGGUUGUGUGCUCAUACACCAGAGGUCUACUUCAUCAAUGGUGAUCAUCGUAGUAUGCUGGAGCAGCAGGAAUGCGCAGAAAUAAUCAACAGAAUGGAAGCAGAGGUGCAAGAUAGCCAAACUGGUAAAGCAUUCAGCAACGCUACUGUAUUAAUAAAUAAUUCCCAAGAAGUCACCACCAACGGCGACAAAGGAAAGAACUGAAUAGGACGGAAUAUCAUCUACCGGACGGCCGAUACACCAUUUAUAGUACCAAAUACGUUUAAAUAGUUUUGUCAAAUUUCUUACAACUUAUCAAUUGCUAUUGAACCUAUGAAUCGAAUGAAAAAAGUCUAAAACUUUUUUUCUUCUCUCUAUAAUAUUCUUUUUAAAAAGCAAGAUGCCAAAUUCAUUCAUGAUUCACCACUCAAAAUCAAAUCAACACACA